AUGGAUGCGCAAAUGGACAUGGCUAACUACUACGAGGUCGAUGCUAGUGGCAAGCCCGUCUCUAUCUGCGCAUCAUUGACCCCGUUUUCUAUUCAAGACAUCAAAACAUGUGCCACAUGUCGUGGACCAUUGAGAGAUAUUGCGCGAUAUGGCCGGCUGAUUCGCCGAGCUAUCCUUGAUGAGUCGACCAAAAAGUUGAUCAUCUUCCUCAACCAGGAAUAUGUUCCUCUUGCACAGGAACUUCCCCAGCUCGUUCGUGAAUUGCAUGCAACCAAAGGCCAAAGAAAGUAUCCAUGGCCAGCGGUGAUCGAGAUAUCUGGCCUGCGAAACCAUCAAAUUCAGAACAUGGCAGAAAUCAUCCAGAACACAAAUCCAGAUCGAUGGAAUUCAAUCCUUGACCUGCGCAAGCGCGUCGAUCUCUAUCGGCGCCAUGUGAAACCUGAGGAGCAACCAUUUGAAAGAGUUCGGAGAAUGAUUGAAAAUGCUCGACAACGCAAAAAAAUAAGAACCAACCAUGAUCAUGUCGAUAAUGUGCUACAGACCAAAGGCUUCCUGCAGGGCACCGCCCUCUUAAUCCGUCUGGACAUUGCUUUGCUCGUUGACCUCUUGAGUCUCGUUUCCCAAGGACAACCAAGUGUGAUGCCACCUCGAUUCGAGCUUGAUCUACAGAAGAUCAAGGAUGAUUGUCAGACCCUCAUCCAACAAGCGGUCACUCACCAGCGACUUCUGCAGCAGGCAGAAGGUCAUAUUUUCCUAGCACAGCUCUAUGCUCUCGAACGAGCGCAUUGCUUGACACCAGAGAAGAGGUACGCCAUCUUGGAGCAUGGGCAGACUGCCAUUCAGAAAGCCAAAGGUCUUUGCGACGCGCACCCAGGCCAGACACGAGGACUGGCAGAUGAAGUUCGCAGCGUCGAGAAGAUGUUGCGCGGGGGCACAUUCUACACAAUUAUCACCAACGAGGAACGCAUGGAAGUCAUUUCGGCGAUGGCUCAAGAAUUCAGAGGAACUGGGCAUUGGUACUACUGUCGCAACGGGCAUCCGUUUACCAUUGGGGACUGUGGGCUAGCCAGGGAGUCGAGUCGCUGUCCUGAGUGUGAUUCCCCGGUGGGAGGUGAGCAUUCUCAAUUAGCGGAGGGGGUUAGACUGGCGGUGGACUGGGAUCAGGAUAGGGCGAGAUUGGAGAGAUUGGAGCUUUAG